AUGGGAAACUCGAGGGAACCUGGCCGGGAUGGCGGAGUCAAGGAUGCUGUGGAUGCUCCCGAAUAUGAGCAACCAGAAGGCACCGAAGAAGAAGCAAGCAAGAAUGAAGGCAUGGGCAAAAACCCAUCAUAUAGUUUGGCUGGCUCUGGCGCACAGAAUCCAAACAACAACCAAGGAUAUACAGAUGAAGAGUACCAGAAGUACGCUUCUCAAUAUAACAAACAAGAUGAUGGCCCGACCUGGAGCUUGGCUCAUCCACUGCCCCAUAUAGUCCGGCCCGGCAUGCGUCACGGCGCCUUGCCAGAGGACCGAAAAGAGGAUCGAAAAGAGGAUAGAGACGGCACGACAGAGAACCAGCAGGAUUCAGCGCACGAGGAGGAAGUUCGCAAACAGCAGUCGUCAGAAAAUCGAACGAAGAAGGUCAACGACCCCAAAGAAGACGGCUUUUUCAAUACAUGGUCGAAAAUUCGCCACCAACUUCGUGAGCCGCUGGCCGAAUGGCUCGGAACAACUAUGGCAAUGACAAUUGGUCUUUGCGCGACCUUAUCAAACUUCACUUCCUCCGGACAAGCCGGAUCAUACCCUGCCCAAAGUCUCGCCUGGGGCUUUGGAUUCAUGGUCGCUAUCUACACCACCGGAGGUAUGUCUGGUGGUCAUUUAAACCCAGCCAUCUCAAUCUCGCUGUCUGUAUUCCGUGGAUUCCCCGCGCGGCGAUGCGUGAUCUACAUUGCCGCGCAACUCCUCGGAGCUAUCACCGCAGGGGGAAUAUCAUACGCGAUCUACCAUGACGCCAUUGUUGAAGUCGCCAGAUUGGCGAACGUGCCUCAGAAUGCAAGUGUCGCCUCGCAGGCUCUCCUCACGUUACCGAAACCAUUUGUCCGUCCUGCGACUGCAUUCUUCACCGAGUUUGUCGGCAGCGCAAUAUUACUUGGCUCGAUUCUAGCUCUGGGGGAUGACACUAAUGCGCCCCCGGGAGCAGGAAUGCAGGCAUUUAUUAUUGGGAUCAUUAUCUCGAUUGUGAUCCUUGCACUUGGGUAUAAUACCGGAGGUUGUUUCAAUGGCGCACGAGACUUUGGCCCACGGCUUGUUGCCCUCAUGGCUGGAUGGGGUGGCAAUAUCUUCCGAGAAUACCAUGCAUGGUGGGUUUGGGGACCAUGGAUCGCAGACAUCACCGGUGGAUUGUUUGGCGCAUUGAUCUAUGAUAUGGCUAUCUUUACCGGUGGUGAGAGUCCAGUCAACUAUCCCCCGCGGAGACGAAAGCGGGCAUACCGUGUGAGAGCCUUGAAUUUUCGGAAGAAGCUUCGUAUUGGGAGAAAAAAGCUGCCCGAUCUUGAACGUUCUGUUGCAGCUACUGAGCAAUGA